AUGUUACACCUAAAAAGUGGAAAAAACGAAUCAACCCAAAGACUAACACCUUCAACCAUUGAUUAUGUUAAAGACAUAGUAAAAAGUUUUGUAAACUCAACUUCUUCAGAAGACCAUCUCUAUUGCUCGACACACAAGACUCCUUUGCAAAUUGCUCUAGAUGCCAUAAACUUUUAUGAAGUUUAUGAAGGGUUGAAGAGCCUUGGAGCAACGAGAUAUUUAUCGAAAAGUCGACUACCAUCCUCAAUUGGACUAAAGAACGUUUCGUUAAUGAAACUGAAAGACGUUAUUAGAUCAAGUGAGAACUCGUUAAAGCAUGACCCUGCUCAAAUCAAUGAAACUUUGACUGGACAUGUUCAAGGGUUGGGUCUAAGUAUUGCCCCUGUUCCAGGAGACGGUGACUGUUUCUUCUCAUCAGUUGCCUUCUAUGUGUCAAAUUUACUGACAGCAACUAGUCCACAUGCAGAUAUAGUAAACCACCUAAAUAGUAUGGGAUUAUCUGCCGACAUGGCAAUCACCGAACUUGCGAGAGUUCUUCGAGCACUAAUAGUGGAAGAAUGGACAGGCCCAAAUGCAGAAGAAUACAUGAACUUUAUAGAAGAGGAUGUCGAUUUCAAUUUAGAGGCCAAAAAAUAUAGAUCUGAGGGUUUGUUUCAUGACCCUCUUGAAGAUCUGAUGCCCAUGGCAAUGUCCAACGUACUGAACUUGCCGUUAUGUAUUAGUACCUCUGAGUCACACACACCAGUCAUAAGCGUUUGCCCGCUUAGAACUGUUAGUGGUUCCGUUCCAAUCAUGCUGGCAUAUACGUCCUCUGGCCCUGGUCAUUAUGAUACUUUAUUUUCAAUGAAACCACUGAGUAAUUCUACAGGUUCGCUAUAA